GCCGGGUAGGGGAGCUAACUGUUAAUACAACGUAAACAAAACGCAUUUUAUUCAGAGAAUAGAUAGAGUGAAAUAAAGAACUGACACCAUGGGAAUUCUCUCGAACCCGAAGUCUCGGCAGAAGUUGGUGGAUAUUGUGUCAAAAUACAACAACCCACUUUGCCUGCUUUGUUACUUUGGCGGCCUUGUGUGGUUUAUGGCUCUUGCAUACUCACCAUUUAAUGCAAAGACUUACUUUUCGGAGAAUGCACUUUUACCUGGGGUUGUUGAGAAUGGAUUUUACUUUGACUUUGACUACAACAGUUACAUUUCUGAAUUGAAAGAAGAGUUAAAAAAGGAUAAAAAAUUUAUUCCAAGAGAUUGGCUGUACAAUAAGUUCAGAGAGGCCGGAUUGGAGACGUACACACAUAACUACACUGUAAAAUACCCGCUCCACAUAGUCAGAGGACAGUUGGUACCUGGCCAGAAUGUGUAUGGCAUACUCCGCGCCCGCAGAGCCCCACGUGUGGAAGCUGUGGUUAUGUCCGUCCCACUGCGGGGGAAGUCCUCCGAGCUCCAGCAGACAUACGGUAGCCUCGUUCUGAUGCUUGGACUGGCUAAAUACUUUAUUCGUCAGCCAUAUUGGAGUAAAGACAUAAUAUUCCUGGCCACGGAUCAUGAGCAGAUCGGGAUGCAGGCAUGGCUGGAUGGCUAUCAUGAUGUACACACUGAAUAUAUUCUGCCAGGGGAUUUGCCCGCCCGUAGUGGUCAGAUCCAGGCUGCCAUCAACCUUGAAAUCCCUGAUGGGAACAUCCGUUACAUGAACGUUAAGAUGGAGGGCCUGAACGGGCAGCUGCCGAACCUUGACCUCAUCAACCUGGUGGUCAGACUGUGUCACCGACAGGGCGUAACGGUCAUGAUACAUGACACGCCUGAUGUAGCGGACACCGAGGCGGAGACACCAGCCGGUUUCUUGCAGUCAAUGACCACCAUGGGGCGCAUGAUGUGGGCCCAGUCCACAGGGAUCCCAUCAGGCAAUCACGGGCUCUUUCACCGAUACCAUAUAGAGGCUGUCACUCUUGAGGCAAUCCGGAAGAAGAAAACUGGCCGGGUGUCGCUGGACUCCGCAGGAAGGGUUAUAGAAGGAAUAUUCCGGAGCCUGAACAACCUGCUGGAGAGGUUCCACCAGUCGUUCUUCUUCUACCUGUUACCCGGCACCCAGCGAUACGUCUCCAUUGGCCUCUACAUGAUACCCUUCGCCAUCAUGUGCUCCGCCGCUCUCAUCAAAAUAUCCUUGAUACUUGGGUUGACUUUAAUAGUUUUGACCAUAGCUUUAUGGGUGAACAUUAGUGCAGAUGAAGCUAAGAAGGAAGGAGGGGAGCCGAAAGAAUCUCCAGUUCCGAAGGAAACGGACGAUACAGAGAAAGAGGAAAUUAAAGAAAUAUCAGAUGAAAUUAAAGAAAAGAAAAAGCUGAAUAAAGAGACCUUAAAUGAAUUAGUUGAGGAAGAACCUGACAUUGAUUUUGAAAGUGAAGAGAAAGUUACUGGAGUUUUAUCCAUCCUGCCUCUGGUGUUGAGCAGCACGAUAAUGGCCGUCCUCAGUUACACGGGGCCGGAUGUUCUCGCAAGUAUGGCUGUGCCGUUUAAGAUGAACAUCGAGGAUGGCAUCUUCUACGGCUUCUUGGCCCUGUUUACGGCAUCACUGUUCUUUCCGAGAAUGGUGGCAAGGAGGACGUCAGAUGACAAGCAACUUCGUUUUGACUGGCAGUUACUGAAGGCGGUCACGCUGAUAUUCCAGUCUCUCGUAUUGUUCGGCCUCGCUCUGAUGAACAUCUCGCUGGCAUAUUUCCUGGCCGUAGUGUUUGUGCCAGUCUCUAUUAUUGUACAUCCAUCGAAAUCCAGGUUUUCUCGCUGGGGCCAGAAGUUAAUGCUACUACUGGUCUCGCCACUGAGCCUCUCGUUCAUCGCGGCUCUUGUCUCUAGUCUUGACACAAAACACACGGGCAUAUUGGACCUCCUCAUCACCUCAUGGGGCACACUCAGUCACGGUCUGCUGCUUACCCUCGUUGACAAGUAUUUCUUCGGCAGCUGGAUGUUUUCCCUCUUUAGUUUCGCCAUCUUUCCAAACUGGCUUACCCUCUGGGGAAUCUCAUACUGUGAUGCUGUUUGAUUUUGCAUGUAGUUCAUGUGCUUGUAUGACUAUAUACGCAGAUUUUGUUUUUUGUGGAAUCUUUUAACAUAUUGUCUAUUGCUGAAGUAUUUGAGUAUUUCCAUUACAAGUUACUCUUGAGUGAACAAAUUAGAUGAUGAGCUUGUCAGCUGACAUCAAAGUAAUAUUUAAAAUGACAACACUAUACACAUAAGGUAUAAUCUAAAGUAAUUUUUAGCUGGUCUGGUUUUGAAAGAAACAUUUGAGAUAUUGACCAGGCCUUAGUUUCUGUCAUUGGUAAGCAAAAUGUAUAUGUAAGUACAGUAGACCCCGGUUGGCUAGAACUCUUGUGGCUUAAAAUUCCUCAUUGGCUCAAACUGGAUGUAAAGCACUGAUUUCUUUAUACUGAAGAUAAGCAUUCCGACUUGGCUUGAGUUUUUCUAGGCUCAAGGUAUUUUUGCCAAUCACUGGGAGUUUGAGCGAACAAGGUUUGACGGUAUAGGACUUUAGAAGCAUAUACCAUAAAACUUUGUAUACAUGUUGUUUUUUUAUCAACAGAAGUGCGAGAGUGCGAGAAUGUUCUCAUGGUCUCUCUUAAAGACACAGUACUGGUUUAUACCUAGGAAACAGUCCCGAGAGUGAUGAAUAUCGGGUUUCAGCUAUCUUCACAAUUGAGCUAAAACAAAUUGGUAUACAAACCAGCUUUGACAACAUGCACAUGAUGUGUAGCAAGUCCUUAUCACUCUGGUUAAAACAUUUAUAAGUUUAUGCCCAUUGGCUGACUGAGAAAAAUAUAAGAAUGUUCACACCCACUUGCUCUUUUUGAGUUACAGGGAAGCCCUUUGAACAAAUUGACAAAAAAAAGGACAAGUAUUGAUGUCUCUUUGUGAUUCUCUUACACAUUAUAUGUAUAUUCUUGUGAAUGCUUUGUGAAAUCUUGUUAUUGUCUGGAUUUAUUUAUGUUAAGAGAGUGUUGAUGUUGUUACAGUAAAGAGGUUGCGAAACACCAAGUGUAUUUGUAUGUGUAGCUUGAUGUACAUGUAACAGUUAACAUUGGAGGUUCUAAGUUGUUUGCAAAUGUUGUCUUUGAAACUGCACUUUCACAGAUUGACUGUUUUGACAACUUUUUUUUUUAUUUUUUGUAUUGGAAUGAGCUGAUUUUGUGAUAUUAGAAUGCUGACUAAAGAUUUAAAAAGUUUAAAAAGUUUUGAUCACACUUUUCAUAUUUAUGGUUGAAAAUUGAUAUAUUAUGGCUAAAAGCAUUACGAUCGUUUAAGAAAAAUGAAAUUUUGGGCAGUUAUUCAAACAGUUGAGAUAUGUUCUACAGUGAAUUAUCUAAUAUGACUGAAUUGCAGACGCUUGUGCCAUAAAAAGCGGAUUCUAAGACAAAAGAUUAAAGAUUAAAAACUGUUAAUUUGUGAGAGUGCAGCUUUAAGCUUGUACCUGUUGGCUGUCUGAUUUUCCACAUAGAUCUCUCUCCAUACUAUUGUACAUGUCAUUCAUGUGAAACUGGUACAGAGUCCAAGUAUUCUAGCACACUAGAUGGGCAUUUCCGCUUUGCUGGGAAUUUUUCUGGCCCCCUAUACUUGACGAGUCACAUGCUGUGACACAAUUCUUUUUAUUUCUUUUAUUAUGCACUUUGUGUAAGCAUUGUUAUGAUAUUUCAAUAGAUGAUAUAAAUAGAAGUUAAUUUUACAAAUAAUCCUGAGUGUCAUGACGUCAGUAAACAUCAUCGCAUAUGCUUUUUGGUGAUAUAUACAAAAAUGCAUCAAUUUUCUUCACAAAAUAGUAAUUUCAUGGAUGCUAGAAAAAAUAUUGAUCAUGUGUUUCCGGUCAGAAUAGAUAAAUCCUACCCUUUGGCACGCUGUGUAGCCAGUAACUUGGCAAGCCUUGUUACCCAGCAAUGCAGGUGCCCUGUGGUCACAUUUUUCUUUCCGAACCAGACAUUAUUAGUCUUUUAUAACCUCUGUAUUAUUUUAAUACAUACUUACUGGUAUAUGUUUUUAUCAGAAAGUAGUUUCAUAUUAAAGUAGUAUUUAAGUUAAGACGUCAAUCAUUUGUAUGCAAAGAUUUGUUAUUGUAUUUUAGAUAUUAACAUCAAAAUUGUUUCUACAUUUAAUUUAUAUGGAUUAACCAUUUUUAACCAUGAUUUUUGAAUAACACCAUAAUGAUAUUAAAAGGGAUGUAAAAUAACAAAAUUUGACUAUUUUUAUAUACCCAUUAUUUAUUUGUUUUUCAAAUAACUUAAUGCCUGUAUAAAAAAAAGCUCUUGGUGAAAACUUUAAAAAAAAUAUUCAAACUUUAAAAUUUUGUAACUUUAAAAUGGAACUAUAACAGUAGCAAUUUUUGGUAUAAAUAAGGGAUGAAUUACCUUAACUGCCAGAAUAGUCCUGGCAGCGACAAUGUUACCACCUACAUGUAUACUUAUUAGUAAACAUUAGAAACAGCAUUAUAUUUUUUUUAGAAAACUAAUGUUUAACUGUAUGUUUGUUUUAAAAGAUAAACCUUUUCAGAACUGAUGUUAUAUUUGAGAUCAAUAUGUACUUGUCACCAAAAUAAAUCAUUAGAAAUAUAUGUAAUAGUUCAACAUAAUGUGCCGAUUGUUCAGAACUUUAUUAUUAACGUCAUGAUUGUUAACUUUAAACCGUAUAUAUGUUGCACGAGAGUGUGGUCUUGUGUUGUGGGGGAAACCGGAGUGCCUAGAGAAAACCCACUUGUCGAGCUUGGUGACCACAAACCAAACUCACAUGCACCCAGGCCAGGAAUCAAACCCAGGUCGCCUUCGUGAGAAGCGAGUGCACUGACCGUACAACCCGGUUAACUUUUAACCUUGAGCUAUUUGAGGUUGUGCUCAUAUCUUGUAAUAAAUCAAGUGCAAUUGAAACAGUGGUCCCAAAUCUUGUUAGAAAUACAGUAGAUUAUAACUGUAUUUUUUUGAAUUCCAGGGCAAUAACGAUUUGAAUGUUAACAAUAAUGACAUUUACAAUGUUGUUAACUUUUACAAGAUUCUGAACAAUCGGCAAUGUUACAGUUUGAUGUUAGAUAUAUAAUAUAUGUAUUUAAUGAAAUAUGUUUAAACAUAUAAAAACAUUCCCUGUUAAAAUGAUCAAAAUGGUUUGAUAGUAGUUAUUAAAAAUAGCAGUAUUGCUUAGCUUACUGUAUUAUGAGUUUUGUAGCUACAUGUGUAAGGAUAUGAUUCCUCAGGCGUGAUUCCUUUAUUGAAUGAGAUAUUUAUUGAAUGUUGUAGAUCAUUAUAUUGAAUUUAGGUGUUGCAUUGGGUCGAUUGUUUGGAACUUUGUUGAAGUUAACAACAUUGUUAACGUCAUCAUUGUUAACAUUUGAAUGUUUACUACUCUAGAAGUUCCAUAGACAAUUUAUGGUCUGCAGUAUUUCUUAUAAAAUUUCAGAGAACUGUUUGAGCUGUUUUUGUUUUAUUUAGAUAUAUCCUUACAUCAAAGAAUUAUUACAUCUUUAAAAGGUAAAAAUAAUUUUAUAAACAACAUUGUAAACUUAAACAAAGUUGUGAACAAUCAGCCCAUUGUUACUGAAAUAUUUCAGUAGCAUGCCUUUUUGCAUGAAUUUUGUCACUGGAAACUUAUUUUCAUUUAUGUCAACAAGAAAGCUAGAUUUUGGUCAGAAUUCUAGCAGUAUUUUAAUAUGAUACCAGUAAUUUACUUAUAUAUGGUCAUCAACAAGCUAGAUUUGUUUAAACAAUUUUAAGGUUGACUAAUAGUUUGAAGAAAACAUGUUUAGUUAUUGGCAUAAAGCCAUGGUAAUAGCCUGGCCAUCGGCUUUGUUACAUAAAAAACUUUAACCUUGGCCAAAAAUAAAAAAGAUUCAAUAUAUUUAAAUGAAACUUGGUACACCUGUUGCAGCAGACAAUACACACGUCUAGCAAGGUUCAAAACUCUGGCUCAAAUAACUGAAGAGUUAUGCCCCUUUUUAGACUUUUAAAAAGCAGACGAGCGUUCACGUUCCCUCCAUGGUUCUCUUGUUAAUUAUGUACACCAAUGUCACUUGAUGCAUUUACAUCAACGAAUGUCAGGAAUAUUGCUCACAUAAUGUAGUAUAUUCUGAACUAUUGAUAUACACAAAGGAGUCAUGUGUCGUUUUUUGUACAUUUCAUAUUUCUAUUCCUAUUCUUUUGAUACUGUCAUUUACUUUUGUAAACUAUAGUUGUUCACUGUGUAAUAAAAAAGAAGCACACAAAUCGUGUAAUUAUUAACUAGAAAUAUCUGCAGCCAACUGUAUACAACUGGAUAAGUAAUACCACUAGAGGGUCCGGGGGCGCUCGUCCCCCCCACCCCCCAUGAAAUCGUCCAAGUUCACUUUUUAUGUAUAUAUCAGAUAUUUUUUAUAAAACAUGCUCAAAAAGCACCAUUUCGGACUUAAAUUGUUGGGGAGUACAUCCAAAAUCCCUGCCGACACUUCAAUCCAUACAUGUUUUAUUCAGAGGGAGGGACGCAUGUCAAAAGGUCGCACCCUAAGUUUCGCCCACUAGAACAACAAAUCUGGAACCGCCCCUGAAUACACUGGUUAUGCGUUUGCUAGUUUAAACAGCGAUUUCAUUGGACAACAGUAUUUUUUAAAUAAUUAUUGACCCAUUAAUGAACAUUUUGGAUAACUUUGAACACACCAAAGGAUUAAUCAGGUUUAUUCAAUUUUCAGCAGACUUUAAUUAACGACUGAUAUUCGAUAAUACAUUGCUUUUCAUUCCCUUCUGUUAUCAUUUAUCGUAUUAAUGAAGGGCUGCAAUACUUAUUUUGCUUUUU